AUGUCCACUGAAUCUACUGUCAAGAACUCUCACUGGAGAUUGGUUGAGGUUGGCCGUGUUGUUUUGGUCAAGAAGGGUCCUUCUGCCGGCAAGUUGGCCACCAUCGUUGAGAUCAUCGACCAAAGAAGAGCUUUGAUUGAUGGUCCAGAAUCCGGUGUCCCACGUCAGGCUGUUAACUUGGGUCACGUUGUCUUGACUCCAUUGACCUUCAGCUUGCCAAGAGGUUCCAAGACUGGUGUUGUCUCUAAGAAGUGGGUCGCUGCUGGUGUCAAUGACAAAUGGGCUGCCUCUUCUUGGGCUAAGAAGAUUGCUCAACGUGAGACUCGUUCCUCUCUAUCUGACUUCGAGAGAUUCCAAGUCAUGGUUUUGAAGAAGCAGAGAAGAUACGCUGUCAGGAAGGCUGUCGCCAAGGCCUAA